AACAUAGCACAUUCCGUCGUGUUGACAAACCACGUGACUAGUAUUAGUACUACGCGCCGGCAGCCGCACGUCACGGCAAACACCCGGGGCCCACAUACAUCUUCUCAUCACGAUCCUGAACAAACUCCAUGCGAAUCCUGAUUCUCAGUCCAGUACCGAUAAAAUAUAAAUAUAUGUGCUAGCCAUGCCUCCCUCUCCGUCAACUGCACCAUCAAGUGCUUACUGUGUGCGACAGUUCAAGUUGAGAUGCGCCUCGGUGCAGCCUUCGGAGUGGUCUCAGACCUACGUCUUGGCUUCGUCGGCGGCCUCUGGCCUACGAUUAUAGCAAUCUGGCAUGCCCCCUCCUUACUCUUCCAACCACUUGAGAUAUCCCGCACUUUCAUGUCCCACGUAUGGGACCUCUAUGGUGAUAGCGCUGACGAAGCCGGAAGGGCGGUCAAAAAAGGGCUCAUCACUCCACACGCCUAUGGUGUUGUGCUAGACCUCGGUGCAGGACACGGCCACACCAUCAACUACCUCGACCAUUCGCGUGUCACGAAAUACGUAGCUGUAGAACCCAACGUGCAUAUGCAUGCAAAGCUGCGCCGUACUGCCUCUGCUGCUGGGUACAACGAAGAUGCUGGAACGCUCCUUAUCAUCCCUUGUGGUGCUGAAAACAUCUCUGCCAUCCUUUCCUAUCUUCCUGCGCCGCACCCACCUGUAGACACUCUCAUAUCUGUCCUCACUCUCUGCUCCGUCCCCUCGCCACAAUCCACCAUCUCUUCAUUGGUCACGGAGGUGCUGAAACCUGGGGGUCAGAUGUUGUUCUAUGAACAUGUGCUUAGCGAGAGGGAGGAUGUUGUGUGGUGGCAGCGUUUUUGGACACCGUUGUGGGGUAUUGUUUUUGAUGGAUGUCGUUUGGAUCGCCCAUCUCAUAGGUGGAUUGAGGAUGUUGGGGGAUGGGUGCAGGGAGAAGGAGGUAUCUGGGGGAAGGAAGGGGAGACUGGUGAACGUCUAUUUUGGCACCGAGUGGGGAGAUUGGUUAAGGUCUGAGCACAUUCGUGUCAUUCCCUUCUCGAUAGGCUUGGUCCUUCAUAAUCAACGUGGAUCAUUUUGACCAAUCAGACUGACCGCCACGUACGUGUUAUUAUGUUGGGGCUCAGCUACUUAUUUCCUGCAUCGUCACCAAUAACAGCCGGCUCCUCCGCACGUCGAGGAGCCAGUUUUUGGCUAUAUGGGUGUUCGAACGCCUCCCUAAAACCUGCGAGGCCCAUUAGGUAUUCCAUGCCGUUCAAUGGCGAAGUAUUGUAUUUCCAAUACACCUGCAUGCCUAUUUCACAUACCGACUUAACCUCUCGCGAUCAAUAACAGAUGUUGGC